AUGAUAGAACCAUAAAUAUAAAGUUUAAUUUUAAGAGAUGAAACAUAAUGUGUGUUCUCACCAAAUAGAAAGACUUAAGCCUAUUCCAGUUAUAAUUUGUCAAGUUUGAAAAUAGGAAAAUAAGCAUAGAAAUUUGAUGGUCAUACUAAUAAUGUUUAUUCGGUGUGCUUCUCUCCUGAUAGAACUACAUUAGCAUCUGGUAAUUCAGACCAUUCUAUCCAAUUAUGGGAUGUUAAGGCAGGAUAACAAAAAGCCAAAUUAGAUGGUCAUUAAUAUUCAGUUACUUCAAUCAAUGUAUUAUUUGAUAGGACUACAUUAGCAUCUGGUAGUUAUGAUAAGUCUAUCUGUUUAUGGGUUGUUAAGACAGCAAAAGAGACUCAACCUCAAGAUCAUUGUUACUAAGACCUUCUUUCUUAAUUUAAUUUGCCACUUUCAAGCUAAAUCCAUUUCAUAAAUGGUAUUAUUUAUAUUAUUCUUUAGCCACAAUAGAUCGUAAUAUACUAAGAUUAUUACAAAAUUCAAUUUUGGAAACUUAAGGAGUUUUAAUCUUGAAAGGAGAGUUUGUUGAUCAUAAAGGAUAUGAUUUACAACCACUUUAUAAAUCUAAAGGUGUUUUAAUUUUAGAGAAUGAACUAAAAUAGAAAUUAAAUUGA